CCCCUUUCCCUGGCUGGCGGAGCCGAGCCAGCCCAUCCCUGCAGUCCCCAGACGCCAUGGAGGUGCUGGUGCUGGAGGACUACCGGGCUCGGCGGGAGGACGAGCUGAGCCUCGCCGCGGGAGACGUGCUCCGGGGAGUGCGCCAGGGGCCCGAGGACGGCUGGCUCCUGGGGGAGCUGGGGGAGCGCCGCGGGCUCUUCCCCCAGCUCUUCGUCCAGGAGAUCCCCGAGAGUUUGCGGGGCGACGGAAGCCCCCGGAGGCCCCGCUCUGCGCGCCGAGGUCAGCCCGGGGGCCCUCCAACUACCCAGCGAUGGUGUAAAGUGAACUUCAGCUACAGCCCAGAACAGCCCGACGAGCUAAAGCUCCAAGCUGGGGAGAUAGUCCAGGUGCUUCAGGAGAUUGAAGACGGUUGGUGGCUGGGGAAGAAGAAUGGGCAACUGGGGGCCUUUCCCUCCAACUUUGUGCAAGAGCUGGACUACAGGCCCUAUGGUGCCAUCAUCCCUGAUGUCAUCCCCAGGGCCACUGGAGUGGUCCAGAGUUCUCUGAAGCUGACCGGGACCCAGGAAGACACUCCCGAAUACCCCAUAACAGCAUCUGAAAGCUGUCGAGUUCUGUUUGACUAUGAGCCUGAGGCACCCGAUGAGCUGGCCCUGCAGAAGGGUACUGUGGUCAAAGUGUUAACAAAGAACACCGAGAACCCUGGCUGGUGGGAGGGGGAAUAUGAAGGCAAACGAGGAUUUUUCCCAGACAAUUUUGUCCUCUUGCUGCCCCAGAUUAAGAAGCUCCCAGUCCAUCAUCGGCUGAGUCCCCAGGAAUCAGUGUUUGGGCGAGAAAACCAUGUCUGCAAUGGGAGGAAUCGGACAUCCAAGGAAACAAGAGCUACUAAGGAGCCUAAGAAGAUGGAGUCUAAAAUCACCCUACCCCCCAUCAAAAAGAUGUCUUCAGCCUCUAACAGGCCCUCCAAGCCUCGGCCCUCCACACCCAGGCCGCCGGCAGCAGGACCAAGUGGGGACAAGUCGAAGACCUCUCGAGAACAAGGAGGAAGAGAAGAUGGUGGUAGCAAAGGAGGAUCGGAAGGAGGUAGAGGAAUUUCAGUGACCAUCUCUCUGACUUCUCCAGUGCCAGGCAAAAGCAAUGACAGAAGCAAUGAUGACUCCAAGACUCGGUGGAAGCCUCAGGGUCGAAAUCCCUCCAACUUCAGCCAGACCCCCACUCCUGGACACGAGGAAGACAAGUCCGGUUUGACAAAGAGCCAGCACCCCAAGACCAAACAAACCGCCUCGGAGAAAGCCGUUUUCCGGGAUAAAUCGUUCCAAGAGAAGGCCCCUUCCCGGGAGAAGAAGCAGUGUGAAAAGCCUGCUCAUCAGGACAACUCCUUCCCCCCCUCCGAGAAGAGCCUAGGGGGGACCCCCUCCGCCGACCAAGACUCGGGGGCCAAGGUCAGCCCCUCCCCUGUGGACAAGCGGCCCCCUUCGGCCAAACCCUCUCCCGAAAAGCCGCCCCCCACCCAGGCGGCGGCCCCGGAGCACCCCCCCUCGGGCGCUGCCGGUUCUGGGCGCAGGCUUCCAGCCGAGCCGGAGAGAGCAGCCGCCAACACCCUGAUGGGCCUGACGGAGCGCAUGGAUCAGAUGCAGGCCGAGGUCUCUUCUCUGAGGGGGACCAUGUCGUGCCUCGUGUCGCAGCUGCAAAAGGACUUGUCCGAAAUUCUGAAGGCGCUGAAAACGGAGCGGGAGAAGAGACUGGAGCUGCAGGCUAAGUUCGAGAAUUUGAAACCCAAGGCUAACGUGGUCUAGGGUCCCGCCCGGAGGGGGCUCUUCCUGCCCCUCGGACACAGGCCGCCGCCUCCCCGCUCCGAGAGCCCCUCCCCCCCACGGAGGGGGGCCUCCGGCACCACCGUCACCACCCUCUGGGGCUCUGCGGGUGGGGGAAGGGGGCUGUAGCUGCCCCCCCCCCCAGACUCCUCGCGGGAGACCCCCGGAGCUCUGGGCCCCGCGCUCAACACCCUCCCUAAACCCGUCCCGGUCUCCCCCUCCCCCAGCUGUCAGAAACAGAGAAAUAAAAUUGUAUUUGUA